AGGUUUGACAUACAGUCACUGAGGUGACACGAGUCUACAGGGUGAGCAUCACAAGUUGAAGAAAGGGAAGCUCAAAGCUCUGUCCUCUAUCAUGAUGACCAGACAAUCAGUCACCCUCCUGAUGGUGGUGGUGGUCCUCUCCCUGCCACGUCUCACUCACUGCUUCCAACAAGCCUUCUCUGUUGACAGGACCUCUGUGACUCAUCGCGACAUCACCCUAAAGGCAAUCCUCAGAAAAACCGCUGAGGUCUGCCGAGACAUUGCUGCUGCUGAUGGACGGGACUUCAGCUUGACGAUUGAUGACAGCCUGACAGUUACUAAGGUGCAAAGCGCCUGUUCCUCCACACCCAGCUCCACUUCUCCCAACUCGACUGACGCCUUUCAAACUGCCAUUAACAGCAUCCACCGUAACAAUGGCAGAGUGGGUUUCAAUUUCGAACUGGAUGUGAACUACCAUUUUAACAAUGAGGCCUUCCAGGAAGGACGGGAAAUCAUCACAGCAGGCCUGUCCACUGUGAAGGCGAGUGUGGAGCAGAGGAACUUUGACGCUGCCCAGCAGGCUCUUGGAGGAAUCUGUCACACCCUUCAGGACUUCUACAGCCACAGUAACUGGGUGGAGCUGGGGAAAACUACUCCUUACAGCACUCUGAUCAGAGCAGAUCAACCUCUAGAGAACUUGGCAGGCCCGGAUACUCCAACCUGUAAGAGCUGUACAGGAGAGAUGUGUGAUGACAACAUUUUGCCUGAAGUGCUGAGUCAGGGGCUUCUCACUUCCGGCUACUUUGACUUUGUGUCUCCAGUAAAACCUGCAGGUAAAUGCAGCCACGGUGGUAGGGCUGACAAGACAAGCAAAGAGGACCCAGUGGGGGGUAUCAAUAAGGACGCUGUUGAGUCUGGUCAUGGCGCACUUCACGAAAAAGCAGCUGACCUAGCAGUGGAUGCCACUUUGGAGCUACUGGAGGACAUCAGAUUGGCUGUUGGAGACAAGAACUUCCUGCGACUGAUGGGCCUCUCCCAGGCCUCAGCAUUGUGUAUUGUCAUUGACACUACCGGCAGCAUGAGAGAUGACAUAGAUGAAGCUAAGAGAGAGUCCUUUAACAUUAUUGAUAAGAGGAGAGGAACAUCGCAGGAGCCCUCUGAAUACAUACUUGUACCUUUCAACGACCCAGAUUUUGGACCGUUGAUAAGGACAACUGAUGCAGACACCUUCAAAGUCAACAUCAACAACCUCACUGCAAUUGGAGGAGGGGACAACCCAGAGCUGAGUAUGUCGGGACUGGAACUUGCCCUGACAGCAGCGCCAUCCUCCUCUGAGAUCUUUGUCUUCACUGAUGCUCCAGCCAAAGAUUCUGAUAAGAAAGGCACCGUCACUGCCCUUAUAGAGAGAUCCAAGUCUAAGGUAACCUUCCUGUUGACAGAUGUGCUUUCCAGACGACGGCGACGCGUUAGGGAUUCUCAAGGUUUGGCAUCACGAACACUAAGCGGAGGUGAAACCGAGCUAUACCGAGACUUAGCCCAAACCUCUGGAGGACAGGCCAUUGAAGUCCCGAAGUCAGGCCUCUCUCUGGCCACAGCAGUUAUUGAAGAUUUAACAGCCAGUGCUGUGGUGACAGUUUUCCAAGCAGUAAUAAAUCCUGGACGACCUGAAAAUUUUCCUUUUACUGUUGACUCAUCAAUAAGCAACAUGAUCAUUUACAUCACCGGAGCCUCAUCUCUCACCUUCACACUGACCAGCUCUACAGGAUUGUCUCAGAUGUCAACUCUGUCCAGUGGUCCUCUAGCAAACCUCACCACAGUGGGAAACCUGCGCCGGAUAAAACUCAACACUGCCAAUCAAACAGGAUCGUGGAACAUAAGCAUUAACUCUAAUGUUGCCUACACUGUUAAGGUCACAGGUCAAAGUUCAGUGAACUUCAUUUAUGACCUUGUGGAAGUACAAGAGGGAGCCCAAAGUGGUGUCAGACCUAAAGAAGGACGUCCUAUUGCAGGUGCUAACGUCAGUCUCUUGGUCACUGUGACAGGAAGUGACACCGUGACAAUCACAGAGGUCACUCUGUUCAACAGCUCAGGGCUAACGGAGAUCAGCGGAUUAGUACAGUCAUUAGGAAACAACGACUUCCUGGUCGGAUUCCCUGCAGUCCCAGCAGGUGAAUUUGCAGUUCGGCUGACAGGACGAGACACUAGCUCCACCUCCAGGUCCACAUUAAGCAACUUCCAGAGACAAGCGUCCACACAGAUCCAGACAUCCAGUCUCUCUGUUACUGCUCAAGCUGACAUCACCAUAGAACCGGGUUCUACCACCUCCAUCCCUUUCACAGUAUCUUCAGACACAACCGGGACGUUCACAGUGCGAGUCAACAAUGAUCGCCGUUACAGUUCAACUUCACCUAGCUCUGUUACUAUUGGAGCAUCCAGUGGGGGUAAAGCCAACGGCACCGUAACCUUAACAGCCCCAGCUAGCACUGUUUCAGGAACAGAUGUGACUCUUACCAUUGAGGCAGAAAAUGCUGCUGCCACUGAAAUCAACUAUGCUGUCCUCAGGUUUGCUGUGGUUGCCAGGGUGACAGAUUUGUCUGGUCCAGUGUGCCAGGACACCAAUGUAUCAGGCGAUUGUACCUCCUCUCCAUCACUCUGUGCAAUCUCUUCUUGGGACUUCUCCACUGUUUUCACCGAUGGCGUCAAUGGGACUGGCAUUGCAAGCAUUACCCUCCGCCAAGGGAACGGUACCCUCAAUACCAGCACAGUGACUGGAGCUGGAGGUGAGAACAUCACAGUGGUUACCUACAGCGCCUCCUGCUGUUCACCAAAUGUGGACCUGGCUGCUGUGGACAGAGUAGGAAAUGUGGGAACAUGUGGCGGACGGGCUCGAGUGCUUACCACAGCUUCACCUAUGACUACAACAACCCCGUUAAUUACAACAACCCCUGUAUCUACAACAACCCCCAUACCUACAACAACCCCUGUAUCUACAACAACCCCCAUACCUACAACAACUCCUGUAUCUACAACAACCCCCGUAACUACAACUCCUCCUGUCACCACAGUUACAAACAUGACGACAGCCCCUCCUGUAAAUGCAACAUCCACUGGAGGGCACACGCUGACCAUAUCACGCUGUGUCUGGAUCAGUGUUGUAGUUUCUGUCAUUUGGAAGUGAAUGAUGCAAACAGAAAUUACACUGUAAAUGAAUCAAGCACUUUUUGACCAAAAACUUUUCAUGAGGUUAUCAUCAUGGGUGUCUCUUAAUUUCUUGUUGAUACAAAGCGAUAAGUGAGCUUUAAGAAAACUCAAAUUGAAUUUUGUGGAAAAUGCAUGAAUCAUCUCUCUUACCUACAGUCAAUCUCUUUUCCAUGAGUGGGAGUGUUGUGUGCCUUUUUUGUCCACUUUAAUUAGCAAUGUCUUAGUUUCUAAGCAUGUAACUAGCCAGGGAAAAUACUGGUGAUUCUGUAUGUAGUUUAAGAGGAACAUAAUGUUAAAGCUAUGAGCGUGACAGAGCAGAAGUUGCUCCAUGUUGGGAAAAGCUAAAUUAUGAUGAAGUACUUGCACUUUAGCUGGUAUUCAUUUCUUCUUUUUUUUUUUUCAUUUACCAGUCAGCUAUAGAUGUGACUUUGCUGUAACAGAUUCUGAUUCUACAUGGAAACCAAAUGAUCAGCAUAUUAAAUAUGGUGCCUGUUAAAGGUUAAACUGCCUAAUUUCUCAUUCAACAAUGUAUCAGUAAUAAAAGUCCAAUGGAUAUUACA